AUAUGGGUAUGGGCCGUAUAUUUCCCCACCAAUCGCGCGAGAAAGGCGGAAAUUUAAAAAAAUACGAUACAUCCAUACACCUCGUGCCUCAUUAAUAAUGCCUGAAGAUUAAACUCUCUUAUCAGUGUGCCGAUGUAACUCUCGUAGAUUAAUUCUUGUCACACGACAAAUAGGUUGUUCACAACCGGCAAGAUUCUUCAAGUAGCACUUUUAUUAAAGUGAACAUAUUAAAAAAAUAUCUUGCGAAGAUGGAACAAACAGCUGGAGAAAACAGUAAUGACAAGUUGACUGAAAAUAAUACACAGAAUAUUCAUAAGGAGAAAUCUUCAGAACUUGACAGACAAGUACAGUCUUUAAUACCAAAAGCAGGUUGUAGUACAACAAGACAAGCUAGAGAAUAUAUUCCGAAAUCUGGGAUGAAGAAAUAUAAUAAUGCUUUGGGCAAUUUAAUACCAUUACGAUUCCAGACCCACACGAAAGAAGAAGCACCUUCAGAUAAAGCUGGAUUAUUUUCUUACGUGUAUAUAACAUGGAUGACACGUUAUUUAUGGAAAGCUUACAAGAAAGGACUGACAAUUAAAGACUUGCCAAAUAUUUCAGUGUAUGAUACCUGCGAGUACAAUACACUAAGGCUAGAUGUAUUGUGGCAACAAGAACUAAGUAAAAAUGGCCCCAGUGCAGCAUCGUUUAGCAUGGUAGCAUGGAGAUUUGUACGCACAAGAGUUUAUAUAUCAUGCAUUCUGCUAACUUUAUCCCUUAUUUUUGGGUUCAUAAGUCCUACGAUAUUAAUGAGAAAGAUAUUGGAACACAUGGAGUCUCCAGAGGAGAACUUUUGGGAUGGCAUUAAAUGGGUUGUAUUACUAGCACUGUGCGAUUCCUUGCGUGCGUUCUUUUUUACUUGGACAUGGAACAUGAACUAUAAGACUGGAUUACGAUUAAAGUCAGCUUGCACGACUCUGUUGUAUAAGAAAAUCAUCAAACUGAACAAUCUUGGAAAUAAAAGUACAGGAGAAAUAAUUAAUUUGUUUUGUAAUGACAGUCAAAGACUGUUUGACGUAAUCAUUUAUGGGCCGAUGAUUAUUAGUGGACCAAUAGUCAUAAGUUGCGGUGUAAUUUAUGUACUCUGGAUGUUUAAUCCUAUUUCUUUACUAGGAAUGAUAGCUUUUCUUUCGUUUUACCCAUGUCAGUUUUUGAUUUCACGCGCGACUGGUUACUUUCGCGAGAAAUCAAUAGGUAUCACAGAUUCUCGGGUACGUCUUAUGAGUGAGAUUCUGGAGUGCAUAAAGUUGAUUAAGAUGUAUGCCUGGGAAAAAUAUUUUAGUCAAAAACUUUUCGCUAUACGCAAGAAAGAAGAGCAUUGGCUUCAUAAGAUUGCAUAUUUCCAAAGUCUUAGCAUUUCUCUAACGCCAGCGAUACCUGUGAUAUCCGCAAUCAUCACAUUUUUAGCAUAUGUUGCUUCAGGCAAUGGGUUAACCGCUGCACAGGCUUUUCCAAUGACCACAUUAUUUGGAAAUUUGCUUAGGCUGGCGCUCACGUCACUUAGGGAUACCAUGCGAUAUUUUAUCACCGCUGUUCUAUCUCUUAGAAGAUUUAAGGUCUUUCCCUUCGUAUCGGUGCUCAAUGCUCAAAUUCGUACUUCUUUCAUGUUUUUGCAAGUGGCCUUAGUUAAUAUCACUGCAGCAAAGAUAACUUUUGGGAGAAUAAAGAGCGUAUUGCUAUUGGACGAGGGCAAUUGUCAGGCGUCGAAACCGAUUGUGAGAUCACAAGCGGUGGCUAUCGCUAAUGGUACUUUUGUCUGCGACAGAGUAAAACUUCAGAUGGACAAAUCAGUUGAUCAUGAUAGUAAAAAAAAAAAGACGCUCGACACGAACAAUUCGACAAAAGUGGAAAGCCUUACGCAACUUAUGCAGGAAACCAAAUACAUCGAGGUUCUCAAUGACAUACAUUUCGGUGCACCUAAGGGGAAGUUAGUCGGUAUCUGUGGCCACGUAGGCAGCGGGAAAUCCAGCCUUCUUUUGGCCGCCUUGGGACAAUUGAGAAUGACAAAGGGCCACAUUUUGAGGGAGGGUUCCUGCGCGUACGUCAGUCAGCAGGCGUGGAUCAUGAAUGGAACUUUCAAGGAGAAUAUUUUGUUCGGCGAAGAGUUGGACGCCAAGCGCUACUAUUACACGAUUACAAUUUGCAAUUUAAAGGACGACGUGAACAUGCUACCGGGAGGAGACGAGACCGAGAUCGGUGAGAGAGGAGUCAACUUGUCCGGAGGACAGAGGCAGAGGGUCGCGCUCGCACGAGCGUACUACGCCAAUCGGGAUAUUUACUUCCUUGAUGAUCCUUUGAGUGCAGUCGAUGCCUACGUUGGUUCAUACAUCUUUGAGAAGUUGAUUAUCGAAGCUCUUAGAAACAAAUCUGUUCUCUUCGUGACACAUAACAUUCAAUUCUUAAAACGUUGCGAUGAAAUCUAUAUGAUGAGCGAAGGCAAGAUUGUCGAACAUGGAACUCAUGAAGAACUUAUGCGACUCGACAGGGAAUAUGCUUCAAUGGUGAAAAGCGGGAUUAUUGCAGCGGAAGAAAAUUUAUUAGCCAGAAAACCUACAGAGACGUUACAGAGAAGUAUCCUCACUAAUGACAAUUCAGACUCUCAAAAUACCGGGACAGAGUUUGAAAGCAAAGAAAAUUACGCGAAAGACAAAUUAUACAAAGGCAAAGCUUUAACAGUAGAAGAGAAAGCUGAAACAGGUGCUGUCAAGUCGUACACUUAUCACAUGUAUAUACAAGUCACAGGUGGUUACCUCGUCGCAAUCCUCGUAUUCUUAACGUUUUUCUUGAACGUGGGUAGUUCAGCAUUCAGCACUUGGUGGCUCGCUGUGUGGAUUAAAGCUGGCGGCGGUAACGUAACUAUAUCUGGAAGCAACAUGACUAUAUAUUCGGAGAACAUAAACGACAAUCCAGACUUCUCGUAUUAUCAGAACAUAUAUGCUAUGUGCAUUGGUGGCAUACUAUUGACGAGUUUCAUUCGUGGCUUCGUGAUUAUGUUCGCAACGAUAAAAGCCGCAACUACAUUGCAUAACACGUUUGUUCGCAAGUUGAUCGGUUCCCCGUUAAAAUUGUUCGAGACUACCCCAAGUGGUAGAAUCCAAAAUGUGUUCAGUCGAGAUAUAGACGAAGUUGAUAAUUAUUUACCUAUAUCAAUAGAGAACAUGGUGCAAAACAUUUUUACUUGUAGUUUUGCUAUAUUUUUUAUUUGCGGCAUAUUACCCUGGUUCUUUCUACCGUUACUUAUAUUCGGUGCACUGUUCUUUUUUGUUAGUAAAUUAUUUAGGAUAGGCAUGAGGGACCUGAAAAGAAUGGAGAAUGUUUCGAGAUCUCCCGUUUUAAGUUUCGUUACCACGACGAUUCAAGGUUUGAGCACAAUUCAUGCGUUCCAAAAGGAAAAAAGUUUCGUGCACAAAUUUGAGGAGCUAUACAACACGAAUAAUUUGUGUCAAUAUCUGUGCCAAGCCGCAAUGAGAUGGUCCGCGGUAAGACUGGAUAGCUUGGUAAUCGCCUCGUCCCUUAUAACCGCGUUACUUGUAAUCUCGCUUAAAAAUGAACUAUCGCCAGCUUUUGCCGGUUUGGCCAUGGCAUAUUCGACACAGAUGACCGGUGUUUUUCAAUACACCGUCAGACUGAUGUCCGAGACGGAAAUGCGCUUUAUAAGCGUGGAAAGGAUUAGCUAUUACCUUAAAACCUUACAAAGAGAAGGUGCGAGUAAGACAGUCGAUGUCAAGCCGGCGGACAAUUGGCCUUCACGUGGAAAAAUAGAAUUCAAGUCGGUUCGGAUGAGAUAUAGAGAAGAACUGCCGCUCGUGUUGGUCGAUGUUUGCUUUAGCGUUAAAGCUGGAGAAAAAAUAGGUAUCGUGGGUCGUACCGGAUCCGGCAAAAGCUCUUUGGUCGUAGCUCUGUUCCGUCUAGUCGAAAUUUGCGAAGGUGGCAUCAAAAUUGACGGUAUCGAUAUUUCGAAAUUGGAAUUGGACGUAUUGAGAAGUAAAUUGUCGAUCAUCCCGCAAGAUCCAAUUUUAUUCAGCGGAACUAUAAAAUCCAACCUGGAUCCUUUUCAACAACACGCCGAUUCGGACAUUUGGAACGCCCUCGAGAAGACUCAAAUGAAAGAUAAGGUGUCUCUUAUGCCGGGAAAACUCGAUGCCUCUGUUGCAUUUGGCGGAAAUAAUUUGAGUGUUGGUGAGAGACAACUUCUCUGUCUAUCAAGGGCUUUGCUGCAUAGUGCCAAGAUAUUAUUACUUGACGAGGCUACGGCGGCGGUUGAUCCCGAGACUGAAGCGACGGUGCAAAAUACUCUGCAGUACGAGUUCGCGGAUUGUACUAUACUUACGAUUGCUCAUCGGCUGCAAACGGUCGUGGCGUCUGAUCGCAUUCUCGUUAUGAGUGACGGCAAGGUUAUCGAAUUCGACGCGCCGACCGUUCUUCUCUCCCGACCGGAUUCCGAGUUCUCAAAGCUGAUGGCCGCCGUGGAUAAAAUUGCAUGAAAUAAUCUCUGUUGAGAUCUGACUCGCGAUUAUGAUGUAUGAUUAGUCGCACAGGCAAUUAGACUAAUAUUACAUUGAUCUCGAGUUAUACGAGUAAAUGAAGAGAAAAAGGAAUGCACAGUAUCGUUUUAUAAAAGAAACAUUAACAUACAUAGUAUAUCAUGACAAAAAGACAUAGAAACAAAUAAUAACUUAAUUAACUUUC